AUGUUUGAGGGUGGUGCGAACCCGAUGGAAGCGGACGACUACAUGGACCAAGUGGAAACCCACUUGACUUCUAUGGAUGUGACGGAUGAUCAUGUGAAAAUCAUCCUAGCCACUUACAAGUUUUCUAAGGAUGCUAAGCUUUGGUGGAAGUCAGUCACCAAUCAGUAUAAGGUGGAAGAUAUGAGUUGGCAGAUGUUCAAGGAACUGUUUUACGAGAAGUAUUUUCUGGUUACCAAGAGAUUGGAGCUAAGGGAUCAGUUUAAUGGCCUUAUCCAAGGCAAUAUGUCGGUGACAGAAUACAAGAAUAAGUUCACUUCUCUUUCUCGCUUUGUUCCAGAGAUGAUGAGCAAUGAAGUUAAUAAGACUUGGAACUUUAUUUCCGGUCUUCAUUACCAAAUGAGGCCGUUGAUAACGGCACAGUACCUCAAAGUUUAUUCGAAGGCAGUGGAAAAGGCUUUAAUACUUGAGGGGGAGGCUAAAGACAUAAAUGCUGGAAAUGAACAGUGA